CACUGCGAGCAGGGAGAGAGGGCAAAGAGGAGGCGAUAAAUAAGUGGGAUUUUUUGAUCAUUUUAUGCGUACGUAUAAGGCUGUGUGUAUAAGGCUGUGUGUAAGCUGUAAGUACAUGUAGCACAGUCCAAAAACUAUAGAUCUUGCACCAAAUGGGCAGCGACCUGCUUCGUGCUCACUGCUCAGCGUCAGUCUUUUCAUUACCGUUAAUACCGUUACGAAGGCAGACAGUUUGAACUACUACCCAAUGCCCUGUUUUGUGGAAAAUAGAAGAAAAAUCUCGACGGAACGUUUUGAGACCCCUAAUUAGCGCAGCACGGAAUAUAUUGGAUAUGAGGUUCUGUUUUAUUUUCAUUUCUGCCGUUUCUGAGAUACCCAGAAAGAAUUAAGAAACCUCCAACAGGCGUGGCCUUCCCCCCCGGCGGCCGCUUUUUUAUCUCCAAUCAUUUUCCAGACGGAAAAAAUCAGAAGACCAUAUGCUUUCGAAGUUGCCCUCUAACCUUCCACCUCAUCUGGGUCUCAAGUUCAUCAAGAUAUACGCUAAUUCUGGGGACUUACGUCGCGCACGCCAGUUGUUUGACACAAUUUCUGAACCAGAUUUGCGCACAUGGACUGUCAUAAUAGAUGCAUAUACAAAACAUGGUUUCCCAAAGGAAGCAGUAAGCCUAUACGCAGAAUUGCAGAAAAAGAACAUCCAACCAGAUAAAUUGCUACUUUUGUCAGUUGCCAAGGCAUGCGCUGCUUCAUCUGAUCUUUACAAAGCAAAAGAGAUUAAUGAAGACGCAAUCAAAUUUGGCUUUGGGCCAGAUCUUAUCUUGGGUAAUGCAUUGAUUGAUAUGUAUGGAAAAUGCAGAUACUCUGAAGGGGCAAAAAGGGUUUUUGCUCGUUUGCCUGUAAAAGAUGUGAUUUCAUGGACUUCCAUUGCUGCAUGCUACAUGAACUGUGGGCUGCCUGGGGAGGCUGUUCGAGCCUUCCACGAGAUGGGAUUAAAUGGUGUGAGACCUAAUCCAGUUACACUGUCUUCCAUUCUUCCUGCCUGCUCAGAGUUGAAGGAUUUGAGUUCUGGUAGACAGAUUCAUGGUUUUAUCAUAAGAAACGAAGUGGGGGACAAUGUAUUUGUGAAUAGCGCUCUUGUAAAUAUGUACGCUAGCUGUUUAAGCAUCAAGAAAGCUCAGUUGGUAUUUGAAACCAUGUCUCAGAGGGAUAUUGUAUCCUGGAAUGCUAUCAUUACAGCACACUUCUUAAAUGGAGAAUGUGAGAAUGCUCUUUGUCUAUUCCAACAAAUGAUAACCGAAGGGAUCAAGUUAGAUGGUGCUUCUUGGAAUGCUGUUAUUGGUGGGUGUAUGCAAAAUGGGCGAACCAAAGAAGCACUGCAGAUGCUGAGCCAAAUGCAAGUUCUGGGAUUCAGACCCAAUCAAAUCACAAUUACUACUCUUUUACCUGCCUGCACUUCUUUAGAAAGCUUAAGGGGUGGCAAGGAGAUCCAUGGAUAUGCAUUUAGGCAUUGGUUUUUUGAGGACUUAACAGCCACCACCGCUCUGGUUUUAACAUAUGCUAAAUGUGGGGACUUGGAACUUGCUCAUAGGCUUUUCAAUAUGAUGCCUAGAAGAGAUGCUGUUGCUUGGAGCACUAUGAUUUCUGCACAUUCAAUGCAUGGAAAUGGAGACGAAGCCUUGUCACUCUUUCACAAAAUGUUAAACUCAAGAAUCAAACCCAAUGCCAUGACUUUCACUGCUGUUUUGUCCGGUUGUAGCCAUUCAAGACUUGUUGAUGAAGCCCUCUCAAUUUUUCACUCAAUGAGUAGGGAUCACUUGAUUGAACCUGAUGCUGAGCACUACUCAUGUAUGGUUGAUGUAUUUAGUCGUGCUGGUCGCUUAGAAGAAGCAUAUGAUUUCAUUAAAAACAUGCCUGUUCAACCAUCAGCUAGUGCUUGGGGAGCGUUGCUCGGUGCAUGUAGAGUUUAUAAGAAUGUUGAUUUGGGAAGACUUGCAGCUAAACAGCUACUUCAGAUUGAACCAAAAAACCCUGGAAACUAUGUAAUAUUAUCAAACAUCUUGGUUACUGCCAAACUAUGGGGAGAGGCCUCAGAGACUAGGAAACUGAUGAGAGACAGAGGAGUUAAAAAAAUUCCUGGUUCUAGUUGGGUGCAGGUGAGAAAUAAAGUUUACACUUUCGUUGCAGGUGAUAAAAAGAUUGAUCAAAGCGAUGAGAUUGACAGAUUUUUGGAUGAGUUGGGUCAGAAGAUGAGGGUAGCAGGGUAUAUGCCCAAUACUGAAUUUGUUUUGCAAGAUGUGGAUCAAGAGGAGAAAGAAGAUCUUUUGUGCAAUCACAGCGAGAAGCUUGCUGUUGCUUUUGGGAUACUCAAUUUGAAUGGAGCCUCAUCAAUUCGGGUGUUUAAGAACUUGAGAAUAUGUGGAGACUGUCACAGCGCUAUUAAGUUUAUUGCCAAGAUUGUUGGUGUGCAAAUCAUUGUCAGAGAUUCACUAAGGUUUCACCAUUUCAAAGAUGGGUUUUGUUCCUGUCGAGACUUUUGGUGAGUCCUAUCAGUUUUUGUAGGAGUUGAAAUUUUGGAAAAAAUAUCAAGUUUGAAAAAGAUGGAUGCUGGCAUGCUGCUCAGUGGAACCUCAAUAUCUAAUGGAAUAUGCACGAUCAUGUUUGCAGUAACUGAAUGUGCAAACACUUGUGAACGAUUUCGCGUCUACAGGGGUAAGCUAUGUUUGGGGCAAGAAGAUCAGAAUUUAUGGGAGAAAGUUAUCUGUAGGAUAAGAGAGUGUGCUCUCUGAGCAGAAUUCACGCUUCUGGACUUUCAUGCUGCCAACAGAAUUCCCCACUUCGAGAAGCCCAAUUGACGGUGUUCUCAUUAACAAGGCUUGCAAAUUGUACUCAGAUUUGAGUACAAAAUGGCAUCUAAACGCCAAAGCUGACAAUGUUCCUAGCAUACCCAUUUGCAAGCUGGUUGGAAGAGCCACAGGGACUGGAAGGCAUGUACCUUGGAAAGUUCUAGAUUUUUCUUAGUCAUUGAGCAGGAGCUGAAGAUACAGCUGUCAAGGUGUACAAUAGGUGAACAUUCCUAUUCUCUGAACUGAGAAAGGCCUCCAAAUGGUUUGUAACUUUUAACAAGUACAAUUAUGCAAAAGGUUGCAAACAGAUUUAGUGAACAAUAAAAAUGAUGGUACCAGAAGCUUUUUUCAAAGGCAAAAUCGAACUUUUUGAACAAUCUCAAACAGUUCUAUACAGGUUCAAUAUGUUAAA